AUGAUGAUGCCCAUAUUCUCAGCAACCCAUGCCUCGCAAUUGGACGCGUUGCCGGCCAACGAAGUCGAUGGCGCUGGGAGACCUGGGCGUCGGAAAUGGCGAACGGUGCGGACGCAGGAAGGAUACCGGUCGGUUCCAGCGGCUCCUUGGGACUUCGACAUGGUGGCAGGACACCAUGAAGGUCUUCAGCGUGAUCCCGACGCUAACGAGCAGGUCUCUCCGUCGACGUCGGCAACGCACGUGACCUCCGGCGCGAGCUUGGACUGGUUCCCGGACGAAGCUCCUGGUGAGCCUUCCUCUUCACGACCAAAAUCUCCAUCCAUGGCAUACAAGACCCGAACCUGGAUCUCGUUGUGGUUCCUGCUGACUGCUCCAGUCAUUUUCUGGGAUGUAGGCUACUGCUUUAUGAGGCCUAGGUCGAUGAAAGGCGGCGAUCUGCACUGGAUUUGGUCUCCAUAUGCGUUAUACCAAGAAGUUGACUAUAUUUACGGUGUCAAGGCCCUUCAGGAAGGGAAUGGAUUCACCUUGGCCCAAUCUUCACUCAAUGUCAUUGAAACAUUGAUGAACCUCAUGUAUCUAUACCUCGCGCACGUCCAGCACUCGCCAGCGGCCAUUGUCGUGGGCUUCGCCGCCGUCGUCAUGACCCUCUCCAAAACGGUCCUUUACUGGGCCCAGGAGUACUUCUGCGGCUUCUGCGCCGUCGGGCAUAACAGCAUCAGAGAUCUGGUUAUUCUAUGGAUUAUCCCAAAUGGCCUAUGGAUCGUGUUCCCCGCUAUCAUCUCCGUCGUAUUGGGGAAAGAUAUCGCGCGUCAGCUGUACGCCGCCGAUCGAGCAGCGAAGAGGGCUAUGCUCGAGAAAAAGAGAUAA